AUGGAGAUGAACAGGAAUGCGAUGUAUAGGGAGGAAGUAGCCAAGCGAAAGCAGCAGCUCUCCACAUACGUACACUUUCGGAUACUUGCGUCUAUUCUUUGGUGGCUGGGUCUGGGUCUAUUCUGCAUUAUUCUUGUCGUUUCCUUUCUCAUUGGCAUGUUUAGAGAUAUUAGCCUCGGUGCUAAGGUGCUUGGAUACGGGCUAGCUGUCGUCUCCUUCCCUGCUGUGAUUGCCUUGAGCCUUACUUUUCUUCUAUCCUUGAUGGGCGAAUUGGUACGACGACGGCGAAAGGCAAGGGGAGCAGAUGAGGAAAAUGCCUCCCCAGUCAACCCGCCUGAACCUACGACUAGGAUGGCGGAGCUAGCAAGCGCUGCCGCCAACCACGCAGAAUUAGAUGACGAGGUGGCCAACGAGUAG